CAGAGAAACACUUUUAUCCACUCAACAAUAAAAAUCCAAGAAAACAAUGGGGAACUAUUCAAAUGAACAAAGAUCCAAUUUUUCUGAGACCCUUUAUCAAGAAAACCAAAACCCAGAUCUCCAAUCUCCAAAUGAAAUCCCAUCUGGGGUUUUCAAGAAACAAGAUUCUGGGCUUAAAUACAAGAACCCCAAAAGGAAAAACCAAGUCUUUCUUGAAGGAUAUGUUGAUGAAGAUGAACUUGUCAGAGCUAAAAGCUUAACUGAUGAAGAUCUUGAAGAACUUAAGGGGUGUUUGGAUUUGGGUUUUGGGUUCAGUUAUGAUGAAAUCCCUGAACUUUGUAACACUUUGCCUGCUUUGGAAUUGUGUUAUUCAAUGAGUCAAAAGUUUCUUGAUGACCAGCAGCAAAAGUCGCCAAGAAUGGAUGAUGAAAGUGUGCCAUCAUCUCCUAUUGCCAAUUGGAAGAUUUCUAGUCCUGGUGAUCAUCCUGAAGAUGUUAAGUUAAGACUCAAGUAUUGGGCUCAAGCAGUGGCUUGGACAGUUAGACUAUGCAAGUAAAGACUUUUUUCAAUUCCAUCAAUCAUCAAAUGAAUGUGUUCGAGAUGAUCCUUGAGAAAAGGUUGAAAUGAUUUCGAACACUUUGGCCUUGAGAUGGAUGUUUGAACAUGUGUUAAUGAGGGGCUGUGAAGUUGUGAUGGUUUAGAACAAGAAAAAUGAAGAACAAGAAUUGUGAAUAGUUUUUACUAAUAGUUUCGGUUUAUACCAAAGUUUUGGCACAAAAUUAUUUGAAGCAAAAUAAAUGGUGUAGAGAAUAUCAUCAUUACUUGAAGUACAUGUGGAAAUAAAAUUCAUGGUGUGGUUAUAUUUUUGAA